AUAACUAACCCGUAUUUAUGAUGUUAGGAUGCUGUUAAUCCUCUUGUCAUUGAUAGUGACAACUCAAACUGCGCCCCAGUUCUUUAAAAACUACCACGCUACUGGAUUAUUUAAAAACUAACCCGUACUUAUGAUGUUAGGAUGCUGUUAAUCCUCUUGUCACUGAUAGUGACAACUCAAACUGCGCCCCAGUUCUUUAAAAACUACCAUGCUACUGGGUUUGUGAGCCUGCCUUACGCUGAGAUCAAGGAACCGUUUGAAGCUUGGUUUUCUCAAUCUCUCAACAAAAGCAGGAUCGAUGUGUACGAUGGUAUGGUAAAGAAUGUGGUAGAUGCAGCCGGUGGAGCUGGCUACAAAGUAGCCCCUAUGACUAACGAGAAGAUGGCUAACCAACUCACUUGCUUCAAAACUGAAUUCGAUGCCGGCGACGAAGUUGAUAUUCAGGGAAUACUCCCGGACACCAGCCUGUUCUCAAGUGUAGGAACAGAGAUGGUUAACGGGUUAUCUUGUAACAAAUGGGUCUACUUGAACACCCCUAACGGUACUCACCUGACUCAAACCUACACACUGUACGUGUACGGAGAUGCGUACCCGAUUAAGCUGGUGAUGGAGGGUUACAACAUCAUAUCUGGGUCACAUGUCGACAAGUAUGUUAUCGACUACACAACCUACUCUUCGGGAGAUGACAUACCAGAGGCCCUGUUUUCGGAGCCCUACGCUUCAUUGGACUGUGACGGCUACCCUGGACCCGGGCUUGCUGGUAUUCAUACUGAUAUAUUCGCUGAUAUUGUGGGAGCUGUUCAUGAUCAUGAGGGGAAUUUCAACCAUUUCAAGGGAAACCACGGCAAGAAAUACAGCAGUAAAGAGGAGCACAGUGAUAGAUUCGCUGCUUAUCGUAACAAUAUCAGAUACAUUGACUCAAAGAACAGACAAGGACUCUCCUACAAGCUUGGUGAGAAUCACAUGGCUGAUUGGUUCCCUCAUGAGCACACCAGGCUCCGUGGAAAGCUGUAUUCGGGUGAACAAAAUAACGGAAAACCUUUCUUGAAAGAAGAAAUGAAAAACGCAAACCUCCCUGAAAACUAUGACCAACGUGUAGAGGGUGCCAUCGGUCCUGUCAAAGAUCAAGCUAUCUGUGGUUCAUGCUGGUCUUUCGCUACAACGGGUUCUAUUGAAGGAGCCUUCUUUAAACGAUAUGGCUACAGAGUAUCUCUUUCUGAACAAAAUUUAAUGGACUGCUCGUGGGGGUACGGUAACAACGCGUGUGACGGAGGGGAGGAGUGGAGAGCGUAUGAGUGGAUGCUGAAACACGGAGGUAUUGCUUAUGAGGAGGAAUAUGGACAGUACCUUAUGGCGGACGGAUACUGUCACUACGAGAAGACAGAGAAGCGUGUCAAGAUAUCUAGCUACACAAACGUAACCGGAGAGGAGCACCUCCAGCUAGCUCUCUUCAACAAGGGAGCUGUGGCUGUCAACAUUGACGCUAGUCACAAGUCACUCAGUUUCUAUGAGAGUGGGGUUUACUACGAGGAGGCUUGCAAGAACGGCCCAGAAGAUCUGGAUCACGCGGUGCUAGCUGUUGGGUGGGGUACUCUUGGUGGACAACAAUAUUGGAUUGUGAAGAACAGCUGGUCAACCCACUGGGGAAAUGUGGGCUAUGUUCUGAUGAGCAGAAAGGAUAACAACUGUGGUGUUUCUACUGAUGCAACGUACGUACAAAUUGAGUAAAUAUACAGUUGUUUCCUGGGAACAGCUGAAAACUAUUGGUGUUGGACAGUUUUGAGUUUAUUCUUUUUCGAUAGUGAUCAGCUGAUGAGGCUGUUGAUGAUUUUGUUUCCUUCACUUCUUUGCUUUUAUUCGGGCUAUAACACUUAACAGUGACCUCUAAGGCAUGUGAUUGUGAUCUUCAGAUAAUUCAUGUUACAAUUUUUGAUUGGACGUGAUAAGGGCGUUAUACAUUUUUAUAGUAAUUGUUGUUUUGUAACCGAUCGGGUUUUUUAGAUUGAGAGAGCUUUCAAUUUGUAAUGACAGACAUUUUUAAAGGUUCGGAAAGCACCAUGCUUCACCGUCAGUCUUUGUUUUUUUCACAUUUUUUACUGUUUUUCAUUUUAUUAUGAUAAUUCUGUUUUUGGUAUUUUGUAUGACUGGAAUUUUAUAGGGUUGAGGAUUUGGUGAUGAUUUUUACUACAUUAAUCCAUGAUCGUGGAAUUCGGUAACUUUUUUACAAUU